CUCGUUUUACGAGGAGGUUUCUUGACCGUUGGAUCCAUCGUGACCUUUGGUUUUUAAUAAGAUUGAAUCUUAGCCAUUUGAUGACUUUUAAUCAAGACCAUUGGAUUUGAUCAACGAUGGAUAUUGGAGAAGGUGUAUCUUUUCGUGACACAGGCACAAGGAUCUGGCCCGCCUAUAAAUAAGGGAGGAGAGGUCCAUUGCAAACUUUCCUUUCUUUGCAACCUCACUCCAUUGCGUUUGCUGCUUCAUUCCUCUGUAAAGUUCAAGUUUUUCCUCAAGUUUCACAGUUCAAAUCUCUUCUUCACCAAGGUAGGAUGGCAGAUCUUGCUAGUGAGCUUGUCAGGAUAGCUGCUGAACAGAAGGGGGAGAAGGCUAGGAAAAAGGCGAGGAGGGCCAAGCCAACCAUUUUGAUGGGCGAUCAGGGUGCUUCGGGGAGCGUCUCCCAAUCUUCCCCGGUAGGCAGUUCAGCUGGGACUCCGGGUGGUCGUUCGAAGAGGCAGCGGGAGGAGCAGAUGACGCCCAUCGUCGACUUGUCAGAGGGGGACGGUGGCUUCGUUCUCCCCGCAUGUUUGAGCGACCAGAAAUACUUCGACAAGAAUCCCCUCCAGGUGCCCGCUUCAGAGAAGAAUUAUAUACUGGGCGUUUCUGCAUCUGCCCGACAGAAGCAGCUCACCGAGGAUGUUGCUGCUGUCAUCCGUCUGGCGGAGACAGCCUUGGUGCUAAAUGAAGGGGGACCAACUCACGAGGCGGAGAGGUUGGCUGCUCGGAAUGUCAAGCUGGAAGGGAAGAUUGUGCAGAUGGAAGGGGAGUUGAUUGAUCUCCGUGGCAAGCAGGAGAACUAUGGGAAUUUGCUGGAGGAUGUUCGGUUGACCCGGGAUGAGCUGAAAGAGACAAAGAAAAAGCUCGAGGAUGUGGAGACCCGGGGUGCCGAGGAGAAGAAACAGAUGGAAGAGGUGAUAGCUGACCUACAGUCCAAGCUGGCCCCUGCUGCCGAUGAGGGUGCUGAGAUUUCCAAGAUGGUAAGUCGGGCUGACCUAGUCAAGGAGAUCAAGAGGCAGCGUGGUUUGAUGUUGGCGAGCAUGGUCCAUGGAUGGAAGAAUGCGAUCGCCCAACUUAGGGUUGUGAAUGCCGAGCGUGACUUGAUCACUGAAGGUAUUCACAAACUCAAACGGGUUGAGAACGGGCAGAUCGUUAUUCCCGAAGAGUAUAGGGAAAUGGAGCUUGAGGAGGAGAAGCUGGAUGAGGAGGUGGUUGAUGAUGAGGACGAGGAGGAUGAGGAAGUCGAAGAGGAGGUUGUCGGGGAGGAGAGGGCACCAGCGGGCAACCCAGAGGGUCAUGAUGAAAGCUCCUGAUCUCCCCGGUUUUUUAUUUGGGCCUGCGCGCCAAUGACUUGUAAUUUGUUUGUCUUUUUUUGUUUCAUGACAAUUUAUUUUUGGGGGCCUGCGUGCCCGGUUUUUGUAACAUCUGAACAAAUGGGUUUUUAUGCCCGGUAUUUAUAACAAUGGUCGUUUUAUUCAUCCUGCUCGUCUAUUUUAUCUCCUCGUGUGUAUGUUUAAGUUAUUGCUCUUUGUUUUUGCUAAGUUAUGCCUGUUCGUAAUGUGCAUGUCUUUAUGCUUGCUCGUUUUUAACUUAACAAAUUUUUGGUUUUGAUAUUCGUAUAUUUGCUCGACAUUGUUGUAUGCCUGCUCGACAAAACCUUUAUUAUAUUUGCAAGUUUUUUGUUGCGAGCGCGUUUCGUUGAGGAGAUCGUCCUCGGAUUUAACUUAGAAAGUUUAGGGAACUAACUAAGUGCCUAGAGUUGUUUUCUGAGGCUAAUACGGAGGCCGACACGUUGUUGUGCCCGUCCCCGCGGCUUGAACUUCCCAUCGCGAGCUGGGCGUUAAGCCUUGGCACGAAAGACGAGGAGCUUGUCUUUAAGGUCAUCCUU